CCGCGCUGUCCGCGGCGGCCGCAGGCCCGGCCAGGCCCGGCGGUUCCGCAGCUGCUCCUGCUGCUCUGCCCUCCGGCGUUUCACCUCCGCGGCCGAGGUCGGCAGCUCCAGGAUGCAGUCGAAGAGGCUCACCACAGAACCUCCAUGUAUAACAGAAGAAGUGUUCGAGGAAUGCUUAGCCACAGAUGAUAUGCUUGUGGACUACUUUAAUGAAUUUUUGAGUCUUCCGACUUUUGCCCAGCCAGUGAAGUUUAACUCAGAUGUUGGGGUUUUUGAAGUAGUUAAUUAUGCCCCACGAUGCCUGGAAAGCCAGCUGAAAAAAAAUCUACAUGAUCAGAAACCUCCAAAUCCCAUUUAUGAUGUUCUAAGGAAAGCAAAGAAUGACGGGCAGCUCUCCAAAAUGCACAGUGCUUCUCCAGCCUUCAAUAUGGAUCCAAAUUACAACACUAUGUGUCUUGAUCGAGAACAAGCAAUUCAGUGGAUUAAGAAAGAAAGGCUUCCAGCAUUUCUAGGAAGUGACUGUUACUUUGAAUACAGACUAGCUAAAUUGAUAUCCCAGGUAGAAUGGAGCAAGACUGGCAUGAAUUUCAUUAUAGAUAGUGACUACUGUCCCUGGAUAAGGAAGCAAGACCUAAGUUCCCCCCAUCCUGAGGAACACGACACUUCACUGACUAUGAAGAAGUUCUAUGUAUCACUUGGCCAGGCUACGGUUUCUCAGGUGAAGGAUUGGUUUACAUUAGCAAAAGAAGGUGAUUCCACGAGAACUACGGAUUCAUCUACACACCCUGUAACUUCUAGUCAAAUUCAAAAUAUUCAGCAUGAAAGAGACAAAUCAUUAAGUGAAAAAGAUAGCCUCCUGGAAGCAGGUUCCCUGUCUGAGGAAUGCCAACAACAGAGUUUCCUUUCUCCUUCGAGGACUGCAUCCGCAAAAGCUGACGCUGCUGAUGAGAGAUCCAGCAAGGCUGAGGAGGGCUCUUCUGUGGCCAUUUCUGAACCUCCUUCCCACAGGCAGUUAAGAGUUUCUCUAGACCCAAAAUGGGACAGUGCAGCAAAAGAAGAAAAUGAACAGGAAAGCACAACUUUUCAGACACCAGAAAAAUUCAUGCCAGCUUCUACUCAAAUUGUAAUGAAGGAACCCAUUUCAGAACUGACUCACCAGCCAGCUGCUGACACUGUUGCCUGUAGUACUGCAGAGUCAUUCUUUAAACAAAGUUCUUCUCCACUUACUGCCUUGGACUCCAAGGGAGAUAUAAGAAAACGAGAUCCCGAAGAAGUAAGCUUAUGUUCAAGUUCUGAAAGUGGUGGGCCAGACAGCAGGGCUGCCUGGUGUCUUAGUCAUGGGACUUAUGACACUGGCAACAGACAUGAGUUUGAAAGAUUCAAGAAGUUCAUUAAAGGAACACUUGGGGAAAGGUACUGGUGGCUCUGGAUGGAUAUUGAAAGACUAAAGGCUCUUAAGAACACUACGAGACAGCAAAGGCAUCUCAGUAAGAUGAAAAAACUGUACCUGCUGAGCAGUGGAGACUAUUUCCUCAGUUCAGAAGUAUUACUCAGGCUUGAUCUACUGCAUGGAGAUCAGUGGAAUAUAUGGCAUUUAAGACAGAUUCAGCCUGAAGUAGUGAAACCUCUACUUCUUUACUGGGGCCCCAGAUUUUGUGUCACUCAUUCAACAGCAAUAGAGGCUGCCAGUGCAAAACUGAAGUUCUGGCACACAUGUCAAGAGAGACCGAGGGUGGACAUUGAUCCUUUCCCACAAAUAGUGUCAUUGUUACCGUUGACCCAAAAGUCUUGCAUACCUGGGAUACAACCUUCCCUUCUUCAGAGAUCAUCAAGAUUACCACCUACCCUGACAUCAAGUCAGAGUACCCAACAAGAUGACAUUCCUAGCAGUAGAAUGUGGUCAAAGUCAGUGAGCACAGACAUGAUUCAUUGCUUAGCUUUGGAUGGCACCAAAGAUUCAAGGUACCAGGGUUAUAGAAAGUACACCUAUGCUGAGUUGCUCCGUGGGAAAAGUGCUGCUGGCAGUGUUGUCUUAGGGGGAUCAAGAAUGGAAAGCAUGCUGCAGUCUCUUUAUUUGGAGAACAGAGCAGGCUACUACUUCACAGAAUUCUGUGAGAAGUCAGGGAAUAAGUUGUGGAAGAACUGUGUGUACUUUUGGUUCGACCUACAGGCUUAUCAUCAGCUUUUUUACCAAGAAACUCUUCAACCUUUUCAAAUAUACAAGCAAGCUCAAUUCCUUUAUGCAACUUACAUUGCCCCAUCUGCCAGUAUGGACAUUGGACUUCAUCAGAAUAAGAGAAACAUGAUUUAUCAGAAAAUGGACCCAGCUUUUGAGGACCUUUUUGACCCAGCAGAAGAAUAUAUUCUCACUAUUCUCCUAGAACCGUGGAUGAAGAUGGUGGAAGCAGAUAAAUAUACUUAUGGAAAGGUGGAGUUGGUGGAAGAAACUCAACAGCUGGACUCUGUGUGCUUUAGAAAGCUCCAGGCUUUGCAUCAAGUGAGUGGUUCCAAGAAGGAUGAGAGUACUGUUGCUGACACUGGUCUGCCAUCCUUCCCUGAUGAUCAAUACUUGCAUCAAAUUCCCAAAGGAUUGGCAGGUCCUAAUCUGUCUGACCUGAUCCACAACAAAGAGAAGUUAAACCAGUUCUGGGCUUUUCUUAAUGAGCAUUCUGCUGGCAUGGAUCUCAUGUGUUGGCUUGAUAUUGAAGAGUUCAGAAAGAUGCUCCACAAGGAUAAAGAAAAAAGUGAAGAAAAGUCUAAGGACAUUGAAAGCAAGUACCUUAACGACGAGUACUUCUUUGGACCCAACAGCCCAGCUACCAGAGAGCAACAAGAAAAGCUAAUGCAUUCAGGUGGAGGAAGGAGACAAAUCCUUCAUGAUCAACUUUCGGCAGCAGCUCUGCUAGAAGUUCAGCAGUGCGUCCAGAAGAGAUUAGAAAAACAAUGGCUGCCAUUGUUCCUGGCAGAUGAACACCGUGGGGUGGAGGGACAAGCAAAGAUAAUGGACAUAACUGAAGAUCUUUUACGCAAAGACCAGCAGAAGACAACCAGGAUAUGGAAGCAUAUGGACAAUAAGUGUGUUUCUUCAUCUAGUGAAAUAAUUGCUUUCCGCAAAGCACUGUUGGAUCCGGUGACAGCAAAUCUGUUUCAACGCUUUGUGUCACUGCAAGGAGACCUGCUGGGGAAUGGAGUGCUCUUUUGGCAAGAAGUGCAAAAGUAUAAGGACUUGUGCCAUUCUCAUUGUGCUGAUGCCAUAGUCCAGAAAAAGAUCACAGCUAUUAUCAACUGCUUUAUUAAUUCUGCCAUACCCCCAGCUUUGCAGAUUGACAUCCCACCUGAACAAGCAAAGAAGAUUUUGGAGCGCAGGAAAGAACUAGGACCUUACAUUUUCAGAGAGGCACAGAUGACUGUUUUUGCUCUUCUGUUUAAAUUUUGGCCAGAAUUUUGUAAGUUUCAAAGCAAUGUGGAUAGUGAAAAAAUUCUACGUGCCUUGGAGAAAGAAAAGGAAAAAAAGAUGCGAAAGAAGGAAAGGAUGGCAGCAAAGCAGGGUAAAGAAGCACAGAGAAAACUCAUCAACUUGACUCAACUGUCAAAGAGGGCCUUGACUCAACUGCAAAAGAGUGGCUUGACUCAGCUGCAAAAGAGUGCCUUGACUCAGCUGGAAAAGAGUGACUUGACUCAGCUGCAGAAGAGUGACUUGACUCAGCUGCAAAAGAGUGACUUGACUCAGCUGCAAAAGAGUUCCUUGACUCAAAUGCCAAAGGGUGCUUUGGUAGAUACGAUUGACAUGAAGAGAGGAUCAGCACCAUCUUUAGAUGGAUUUGGAUGGGAGGCUUCCUGGUCCUAUUCCAAGUACAUAGAAGCCUUGGAGCAGGAGAGAAUACUCAUUAAAAGGGAAGAAGAUCUGGAGGAAACCUCAUCAUCAUUCCUUUCAGAUUCCUUGUCUGUGUCCUCCCUGAAGCCUGAAAGUUCUAUGAAAGCUACCAUUUCUACAAAGCGUAAACUCUCAAAUGUUCCCAAGACACAGGAAGCACUUUAAAUCUCUCUGAGGAAGGGAAUGCAGAGACAUUCAAUGGAGGUGGCCAGGAGACAUAAAUAUAACGUUCAUGCAAGGUUUGUUCUUACAUUUCCAGAGCAAAGAUGAUGACUUGGAAUAUUAUUAAGAACCAUGGGAUAAUUAUCAAGUGUAGAAAAUAAACAUCUUCCAAUGUGUUCCAUACCAACCUGACUGUGAUACUGACACCUUGAGGCUCAAAUCAGAGUAAGAUUCCACUGAAGUAUGCAAGGCACACACUACUAGGUAGUCUCAAUCUUAAAGAUCCUAUAAUCAAACCCAGUUCUUCAGUACUUGAUCUAAUGAAUAAGUAAAACACUGCAUUGAACUGACAACCCUGAAGCAGUGUGUCUUGGCACACUACGCUCUCACUGUGCAAUUCAUGCAACUUCUGUUCAUCAAGGAUAACUCCUGAGGUCUGUGAGUUAUUAUAAAGUCAAACACUGUUGUGGUUUGCUCCCAGUUCAGUCUAAUUCCUGGUCCAAAGUACACCUUCUGCCUCAUUUCUGAGUUUUGAUCUACAGGAAAGGCUUAAAAUCUAUCAGGACACAGAUGGGAUUGAGAACUUUUCUAAAAUGUCAUUCCACCCAAGGCAUUACUCACCAGACAGUUGCAGGAGCUCAUAGCUCUUGUGUAGCUCUCUCUAUUUUUAAAAAGUUUUAAAAAGACUUGGGGCACAGUUGAUGUUGGGACUGAGGACAACGGAUUAAUUGGGGAUUAAUUAAAAGAGGGCAGGGGCAGAAUUAACUGCUAGGCAAGGGGCAGGAUGAUGAUAGACCUCUCCACAUUUUUCAUACCACUUUAAACACCAGUUGUUGGCUCCACUUUUUCCUGCAUGUAAAAGAAAGGCAGGUUGCUGAGUUGCUGAGGACUAGCCCUGAGUUAGGGAUGGGACUGUGUUCUGCUGCUUGUUCCAACCUCUUGGACAAGAAGAACAAGCCAUGCAGCCCUGUCUCCUUUGUCAGAAGUAAAGGUUCUUCACUUGGAGCUCUUAGACCAUGCUGCUAAGAACCGUCCAAGAGUGCUUUCCCCCUCAAUGAGGAGUGGCAACUAACGUCAACUAACAGUCUUUUGCUCUUGUCACAAUGACCAAAAAUUGUAAGGAAUUUCUGUUGGGUGUUGCUUCAGACAGGCUGGCAGGGAAGGAAGACACUUUAUUUUAUGGACAUAGCUGCCCUGCACAUAUAUUCUCACAGAAGGAGCAAGGGAGAUCACUGUUUCAGUUCCUGCUUCCCCACAGUUCAGAGUUUGCUUCAUGCAUGCCAUGUUUGGGUUGUUUGCUCAUCUAACAUUACCUGAGGAAGAUACCUUGGUUGGAAGCCACAAGAGAGUAAAACAUUAAACACUUGUCUCUGUUUUUUAUGUUUUCCCAAAUUUCACAAAUGCAGCAAACUUUAAUGCUCAGUACAUCUGAGGAGGGUGGAACACAGCAUCUUGUAAUGAGCACAGCACAUGUGGUACUGUGUGGCCUACCACUCAUUAAUGUGAAAGGCAAAGAAGAUUCAUGAAAUGCCAUAAAUGCAUUGAUGUAUGUCAGUCUAAAAAGCAUGUGGAAGGCAACCUUCUAUUGCUGUGGUCAGUACAGUACACGCAACCAAAAGCUGAAAUGUGGCAGGCAGUUUCUGUUUUGCUGUAUUCUUGCCUUCAAGGCAUUUUGAGGCAGUUAAAUAAUGUGUAGAUAUUACUUAUCUGAUGCUGGUAGUUACGAUUGAAUAACACUUCAAUUACUUAAAAAAUUAAAAAUAUUAUCCAGAUAUUUGUCUCCUCAUGAAUAUGUUCCAGCCUUGCCAAAUUAUUAAUAAAAAUUUACCAGCAAAUUUACCUCAAGCAAAAACUACUGUCCCAGACAGUUAUUAUGAUUUAUACCAUACAUCCCUAUCAAACUUAAAAAAAACCCAAAAGAAGUACUUAGUGUACAUCAGUGAGUGAGUAGAGUUUUGGCCCUAUUCACUCAAAGUUCUGCAAACUGAAGCUUACUCUCAAUCCAGUUUGCAGUUCUGUCUCCCUGUUAAGUGAAAUACAUAUGUGUGUACAUACACACACACGCACUACCAUUUAUAGGCCAUGUCUUUGGUAUGCAGUUAAGAAGGAUCACAUGUAUUAGUAAUGCUAGAACUACAUGUAAUGUAAUAUCAUUAUUUCCAUUUUAUAUGUUAAUUUUAAAGAAAUAUUGGGCGAUUGGACAGGGAAUAAAUUAGGAGACAGGGACCCUUUAAUUUCAGUGUUACUGAAUCCAAUCUGAUGCAAUGGCAGAUAAUUUGGAACUGCUACUUGGUGAUACACCUGAAAUGGAAUACUGGUGUUAGUCUCAUCCUGUGGGACCAAUUCCAGCAGAGAGCCUGAGAACUAACCAAAUGUUAUGAUUCUAAAUGAUGAUUCUGUAUCACUUCAGAAAACUUGCCUUGCUAUUGAUUUUGUCUUGUUCUUCACAUCUAUUCUCCCUCAGAUUGCUGAUCUACCACCUCUAUGAGCUCAGCAGUUUUAAAGGGCUUGAAAAGUUUUUCUCAACAACCCUAGCACCUCUCCCUUUAAACAACUAAAAUUUAUUCCUUGUUUAUUUGAAGUAUGUAUACUUUGAAACUUUCAGAAGUCUAUGUGGAGUUUACUGCUCCAGACAAUAAAACCAAUCAUCUUUUUCAGAAACCUGUAAACACAGAAAAAUCUUCUGGGUAGAUUUAUGCUUUAGUGUCAUUCAAAAUACACAACCCAAUCAUACUCAUUCAGCCUUGCUUUUGUGGUUUACUCCCAAAUAAUGCAACAUAUGAGGACUAUUUUGGAAUUUUUUUAAGCCAUCUUUUAGAUUUGUAAGUACUUAUAUUAAGUACUGUGUACUUCACUUUUCUCCCAUCAGAUAUGGCAUAUUUAAUAAUCUUUGAGAGUGCAGUUCUGAAGUUGCUCAUUCAAAUACUUUUGAUAUCAACACAAACUGUGAUUAUGCACUUCAAAAGGGGCUUUAUACAUUUUGAUUUGACAUCUCUCCUGCUACUGCAUGACACAAAAUGUUAGACUGUGAGACAAAUUCCUGAAAAUACCUAGUGCUGCAUUAUGUUAUUAAGAUGCACACUUACAACAGUUUGCAAGAAUGGUAGUGGUCAUUACCAGGCCAUUUAAAAAGGGCAAAAUGCUUUUUCAUUUGUGUCUGUACUGCCAUUGUGUCUGUACUCCUCAUGAUCCCUUUUGAUUGGCUGUUUCUUAAGUACUAUUAAUGGGGAAUGGUCUUAGAUGAUGAGCUGUGGGUUCAUUUGUCUCCUUCAAGGUGUGGAAAUCUAGUUUUUAAUCAUCAGACAUUGAGAUCAGCAAUGGAGAGAGUGGUGCUGUGCAGAUACAGUAGUAGACCUGAUUCAGCAGACCCAAUUUCUGUUACUGAUUCUCUUAUUAUACAGUAACUGGUGGCCAAGGCCAGACUGGUUUGGGCCACACCUUCUACAUCUUUUACAUGAGAAGAAUCAUUGUGACUCACUUGCAAAUAUGUUUGACUUCAAAAAAAAGAGAAACAUGCAUCAGUGAUUUACAGAUAAAAGCAUCAAUGAACUGAGUAUUUCCAUAGAUUUGAGACCCUCAGUUUCCUGCUGUUGAGAGCACUGAAAAAUGGCAGGUGUCCCUUCGUUGCUCCUUCGGUGCCUUAUCCAGUGUUAUGGGGGACAUUUUCUAUCACUUGCAUGCUUGUGAAAUGGCCCACCUCAGUCCCACCCAACACUAUUGAUCCAGUCAAAAAUGUUGACUUUGGCCUGUGUGUGUAAAAGGUACUGAAAAGAGACCAAAUGUUUCAAAGUUCUGUCCCAAACUUGGAAAAGAAAAUCCUUAAAUUAUUUAUGUUUCUAAUGUUAAAUACUGGGCCAAAGUGAUCACUGUAAAUCUGUAUUUGGCCAAUGGAGCUGUAAUCCAGCUUGAAUUUGACCUAUUUAAACUGUCCCACUACAUUCAACCGAUGAUUUUUGUUACUAGAAAUGUUUUUAGCCAGCCAUUGAGAAUCAUGAGAAUCAUACAGCUAAGACGGGGUUAACUGGUAUUUUUUCUUAAGCUUAUGGAACACUGUUGGUUUUAAUAUAUUCAGUAGUUGCUGUAAAAAUGUUAUGGAAAGACAGGUUUGAACAAAAAUUUUAGAUCCGAAUGUGUAGUUACAGUUCAAACCUACCUCUAAUGGCCUGAUUUGGAGCAUUCCCAGGAUUUCAGAGAGUUAUAAUUCACAUCUGUGUUUCUAACUCCUUCAUGCAUGAUUGUUUGAAUGUGCACUUUUGGAACAGGUCCACGUCUAAUAGGCUAAAUUGUAGUUCCCAAAUCAGAAGCCACAUGGUAUAGCUAUAUAGUUUUUUAUUUUUCCUCUUAUAACAUAGUCUUCAAAUAAGGUUCUGUUAGUCCAGCACAUUGGAUUAAUACAAAACACCAAAGUCUACACUUUUUGCCUACCUGCUAAUGAACUCGCACAUCUACCAAUGAUUUAGUAAAGCAUUUGUGCAAUGGCCACAAUGGAGACAUUUCUGCCAAGUAAUAAUUUAUCAGAACACUGAAGCGGAUUUGAAUCAUGCAGGACGACUAAGCUGUCCUAGUAUGGUAAAGGGUAGUCAAGGUAGACAUGAGAUUCUCUUGUUUUUAAUACUCAUUGAGCCAAGCUAAUUUAUAUGUCAAGCACAAGCUGCAUUUACUCGGAUUUUCCUCUAUUUCUCUACUAAUUAAAAUAUUUUAGUUUCGUGGUAACAUAUGUGAAAGCGUUGACAACAGCAUUGCUUAUUCCACAUGUUAAUUAUGUAUUUGCUCAUAGCAUGCUGAUGAACUGUGUGCAUUUCUCACGUUAAGAUUUGAUUUUAUAUCAAAGGAAAAAUGGAAAUGUAGUAAGUGGAUUUGUGCUUUUGAUUUUAGAUAUUUCAUUUUGCUCUAAACAAUCUUGUAUGAUUCCUCUGUAGCACAUGUGUUUGAAAAUCUUUUGUUGGCAAGAAGUUAAAGAAGAAAGUAAUACUUGCUUCUCAGAAUAGGAUUUUUGAACAAAGCAAGGCAAUUGUGCUAUUAAUGAGAAAGCUAAAUGAAACAAAUGACAAGGCAAGCAAAAAAACCACACAGCAUCACACUCAAGGAAUUCACAGGCACACAAUAGCUUAUGCAAUACUCCUCAUCUGACAAAGUCAGUUAAUACAGAGAUUUCCUUGGAAAUAUUCAUUGCAAAAGGCUGUGGUGCCUAUGGUUCAGUAAAUGCAUUCAACAAGCUUACAGCAUUCUUAGUAGUUUUCACCUGUAGGCAGUUCAAUGAAUUUUAUCCCAGCUGCGAGCCCCAAAUGAUCAGCACUGGGUUUGUAAACCCCAGACCCUGAUUGGCUUGGAUACCACUCAUUCCUGAAAACAGUACUUUGGGAAUUGAAUCUGUCACAUCUCUAGAAUAAUUUACACCUUUACAGUUUUGUGUGUGCAUAAGUGUGUACAGGCAUGUAGACAUAUAUAUGCACACACAAUACAACAUAUGCGUAAAAUUACCUUGUUUGGUAAAAUUACCUUGUUUGGUAAACUUCUUUAUUGUCAUAAUCACAAAGGGCUUAAGUUUGAUGUAUAUCAUCUUUUUCCUUAUACAAUAUUCCAACCAUUUUCUUCUGUGUAUUUUUUUAAAUGAAGGUCUUUGUUUCAUUAAAAUGUUUGGGUUUGUACUGACUUGCAUUUGAGAAGACAGAGCCAUUACACUUGCUUUGUUGAGGAGUAUGACUCUUUCCAGAGGGCUACACAGAUGCUGGAAAGAGAAAUAAAUGUGUUUUGGGGGAGUUCUUUUUCUUCUAGAAAGCAUAUUCAAGGAAAAAAAUUAACUUUCCCUGUGUUUUUUCUCACAAAUGAGAAAGUAAUUUACAGCAUGUGUUGGGCCAUUCACUAAAGACUACAAUAAAUGAUUUACUAUUUUCAAGCUAA